AUGGAUCCGUGGUCAUUCCCCUCAUCACUGACCAUCACCAAUAACACCUGGUAUGCCGAAGGGUUGAUCGCCGAUGUACCUUUUUAUUCUGUUGGUGUCCUGGCUAUCGGUGUCGCCACUUUCUUCUUUGUCAUGAACCGAAUACAAAAGCAUAUAUUCUAUGCGUUACUAGCCACGUUCCUUGCAUUCAUAGCUGCGAUCAUCGACUUUGGCCAACUUGUCAUCAUCAGCCGGGGCGUGUUCACGGGCACAGUCUUUCCUUUGCGGAUCGCACGUGAACUUGGAUAUGCUGUCUCGUUCGGUAUGCGAUUCUUCUUCUUUUGGCAGUUCGUCGCCAUGCCCCCCAGAGGCGAAGUACCAAUCCUGCCAACGCCAGGCCCAGGCCCAGGUCGAGGCAACAGGAAAUCCUUUGUUAUGGAGGACGAGUUUCACAGCGGGAGCUGGGGCAGAUGGGGGCUUAUUGGUAUCUUGACCAAAUAUGCGCUGUUGCUGGGCGCGAUCACGAUCGGUGUCACGCAAGCGAUAUGGAGGCUCGGGUUCGCAUUCGGAUUGAUUCGAUUCACAUCGGUCUAUCGAGUCGAUGCGAUCAUGCAGAUCAUCAUGUCCGCAUUGUUCCUCCUCAAGCUCGCGGGAAACUCCUACAUCUCGCCCCUCAUGCCACGUUGGAAGACCACUCGGGAUUAUUUCCCAGUGGUUGCCGCAAUUUCGAUAGGCCUGGGCGUUGGGAUUGGGAAUUUAAUGUGCAUGCGUUUCUCAGAGUCACCUCUUGGGCGUUUUCUUCAGUCAAUCGAACUGUAUAUUCUCAUCCUCUAUGUCCUUAUUUCAACAUUCUACAAGAUGCCGGUCAGAGCGUCUGUGCUCAUAGACGCUCUGGAUCGCAAGCGAACGCGAGACAAUAGCUCGUUUGUGGGCAUUAAUAUGGGCAAUUCGAUGCGAGGCUCCACCUUCCGUGUAACACCACCGACUGUGUCUACCCCCCAAUUACAGUCACAGAUGACGCGCGAGCUCGACGCAGCAGGUGUUAAUGGGAUGCCGACUCGGUUGCUUGGACCCGAUACCGGUAGGCGACAGUCGACGGCCGAAAGGCUCGCAACAUGGCUCCAGAAUAGACUCUCCGGCAGGCCAACGGAUAAGGAACAGCGAUCAUUGAGGCGGGACGAGGAGUCCGGCCAGAUGGAAAGCUAUGAUUAUACCGAUGAGAAGAAGAGAUCUGUCGAGAGUGAUGCCUCUUCUAUACAGCCUGUCAAUGAGCCCGAUUACGGAUGGCGAGACGCAAUGUACGCAAAUAUUCGGGCACCUCCGACUGGGACAACGACUGCUAUACGCGAGUCCACUAUCGCCACUUCUUACACCCCGGCCAAAUCAUAUGCCCCAGCCGAGUCUAAGCCAGUGGGACCGAGGGCGACAUCCGUCCCGACGAUAUACUCGCCCAUGGUGUCCGAGGCCUUCUCGCCUAUUAUUGCAGCAUCACUGGCACCUGUCAACCCGUUAAGCAUUCGCUCGCUACCCAGCAAUCCUCGACCAUGUCCACGUGAAACGAUAUCAUCAUCUGAUUCAACUCCAUUCGUACCAGAACCUGCCCCCGUGAGGAUGCCCAGCCCUGUCCUCGCCGAAAGUCCCUAUGGGGCCUCUUUCCGCAUUACUCGUGAAUAUGGGUCGCCUUCACUUUUAUUCGCUCCUAACCCUAGCACUCAACUGGAUCCGAGGCGGCAGAUGACCAACCCUGGGGACGAGUCGCCUAUCUAUGGUCUGGACGGGAUCAUUCAAAGCCUGGGCGGAGACCUGCUACCCGACGAAGAGCUUAGGUCACAGUCAGGGAGUUUGAUGCGGAGAGAUAGCGCAACCUACUCUCCAGGUGCUGCAUCUUUCCGACAGAAACAGGUCGAUCUUGACCGCUCAGUUGCUGAUCUCCAAAGGUUUGCAUCAAUUCGGUCGCGAUCGAGUCCUCGGCUGCUGUAUGCUCUUUCGGACGGUGCGAACCCAUCCAACCCGUCAUUGGCACAAGAAUCCACUUCUUUCCGAAGUGAUUUUACGCUGCGCGACUUCCCGAGUCCACCUUCAGCUAUCCUAGAUUACUCUGGUUUCCCACCACGGAAUCCGGUGGUUACACGUCCAAGAGAAGUGGACCUCGAUGAUAUCAGAUUUACGCUCACGCCUCCACGUAUGCCUGCUGCCGCCGCUGAUGGCCGUCAAAUGUCCUUCCCUUCAACCACGCGGGGGAGCGAUAUUUUUCAGCUUCAGUCAAGAGUUGUCGAAACGCCCAAUAAGACCCAGUGGGACGUCACAUCGUUUAUUGGAGGUUCCGGGUCGAAAACUCCCCUAUCAGCUGCCAUCACCCGUCCAGACUCACAGGGACGGCCGUUAUCUUAUGCCAGAAACCAGCUACGUCGAGAUACGAUAGACACACAACAUGAUGAAGGCGAGGGAAGCGUUCGAGGGGCUCGACUCAUUGACGUCCGACGUGCAUCCUCUCUCUCUCGUGCUCGAAUUGUCGAGGGGCCAUUAUCUGCCACCCCAAGUUCUGUCAAUUCAACCAAUCCCCAGACCGAGGCGGAACCUCCAGCACCAAUGCUAACGGCUGCGGAACGCCUGGCUGCCUUCCGCGCCCGCCCGCCGCUCAAGACUACCCUCCCCUCGUCACCUCGACCCGCAUACAGGACUGGCUCUCCUCCCAUACAAGAGCGUUCUGCUAUUGAGGAGCCCGCUCUCAUGGUACCAGAGACACAGGCGCAACAAGUUCUUCAGCCCCAGCCUUCUAUAUCCGCCGUCCAAGCCCAGCAGAAUAGCCCGGAAACCCAACAAUUGGUAUUCCCCCAACCUGCGGCUAUUCCACCUGUAACUCGAAUCAACAACAUGCUAACUCCCCCGCGCGGACUUCGCAGCCUGCGCAUCGGUAGCCCGGUCGGACAAUCGCAAAACGAGACUGCGCUAUUCAGUGAUGCGUUUGAGCGACCACGGCCUGCUCCUUUAGUUCUAGGCAGUGGGCGUGCCAUUUAG